AUGGCAUUCACAGACUUCAUCGCUGGCUUCGGCUUACCCGCUACCAUCCUCGCCAACCCAUGGCUUUCAACCCUCCUCCCCGUUGCCGUCGGUACAGCCGUGGGCUUCUCCACCAUGCCUCACGUCAAAGAUCUUUACCCCCAACUCCGUCAACCCCCGGGUAAACCCCCCCGCUGGGCCUUCGGCCCCGUCUGGACAGCCCUAUACGCUAGCAUGGGCUACGCCGCCCACCGCGCUUUCACCGCCGGCCUCUCCUCCCCCAACCUCGCCGUCCGCGACCGAGCUCUCCUCGGCGCGGGCGUCUAUUCUCUCCAACUCCUCCUCAACCUUGCAUGGAUGCCCCUGUUCUUCCGUGCUCGCCAGCCGUUGGUCGCGCUGGCGGAUAGUACGCUCUUGUGGGGAAGUGUUGCAUGGCUUGUUGGGGAGUGGAUGUCCGUUGAUGAGGUUGCAGGGUGGUUGCUUGUGCCGUAUUUGGGGUGGGUGACGUAUGCUACGUAUUUGAAUGCUGGGUUUUAUUGGUUGAAUUUUACGAAGGAGGGGAAGAAGGAGUAA